UGACUUGUUUUGUCUGAAACAGAACACGGUCUUCAUCACUUUCUCUCUCUACUGUAUAGUGUAGAGAGAGAAAGCAAGCAAAGCCAAAGAGAGUGAGAAGGGGGUUUUUUUUUUUAAAAAAAGAAAAAGAUUGGCAUUUGAGAAAUGAGUAAAGCAAAAACUACCUCGUCAUUGUUCAAGUUUUCUUAGAGCUAAAAAAACCCAAAAAGAUAAUCUCUUAGAGGACACAAAAAUAGAAUAUAAAGGAGUGUAGAUAAAACCCUAAUGCUGGUACCCAUUUGAAGAACCCAAAACAUAGAAUCCUAUUCAUCAAUCCGAGAUCUUACUGAUUGGUUUCGAAGAGGUUGCAUGGUAGGCUUGGGUUUUUCUGGAUUGAUGUGCUGCUGCUUCUGGGAUUUGAUUAGUCAAGAAUUGGAGGAUCUGGGAUCCAUCCAUAUAGAACAUCUGAUUAUAUGAGGAGGUUAGAGAACAGGGACAUACUGUAAAUACAAUAGAGAGAAAAUGAAAUCCGACACACCACUUGACUAUGCUGUGUUUCAACUGUCACCAAAGCAUUCAAGAUGUGAAUUGUUUGUGUCAAGGAGUGGAAAUACUGAGAAGCUUGCAUCAGGAUUAGUCAAGCCAUUUGUGACUCAUUUGAAGGUUGCUGAAGAGCAGGUAGCACAAGCAGUUCAUUCAAUCAAGCUUGAAGUUGAGAGACAUAAAAAUGCUGACACUUGGUUCACAAAAGGAACCCUUGAGAGGUUUGUGCGAUUUGUCAGUACACCAGAGGUUUUGGAGAUGGUCAAUACAUUUGAUGCAGAGAUGUCUCAGCUGGAAGGAGCACGGAAAAUCUACUCUCAGGGGACCAGUGAUCAGCUUUCUAGCGCUUUAGGUGGAGAUGAAACAGGAACAGUGGCAGCAGCCGAUGCAACAAAGAAGGAGCUUCUGCGGGCCAUUGAUGUACGGCUUGCUGCAGUAAGGCAGGAUUUAACCACAGCCUGUGCUCGUGCAUCGGCUGCUGGUUUUAACCCUGAGACUGUGUCAGAGCUUCAUCUCUUUUCAGAUUGCUUUGGCGCCCGUCGCUUGAAUGAAGCUUGUACCAAAUUUAUCUCGGUGUGCGAGAGAAGGCCAGACCUGGUCAAUACAUGGAAGACGCGUGUUGAAGAUCAAGUGCUCCGGGCUUCAUGCGGAUCUGAUAUGUCAAUUGACGAUCCCACAGAAGACCCAAAUGGGCCCCAUGAUGUCAAGCCCCACCAAUCCUCAUUCCAAAAUAAACAGCAAAAUCAGCAGGCCGGCCAAGAACAGAAACAACCCAAUUUAACGCAAACUCUACAGCACCUUAACCAAUCCAAACCAUCUACUUUUCAUUCCAGUUCCUCUGUCUCUACGCAAAACGAAAACAAGGAAGGGUAUAAAAAAGAGGAGUCCACGACCGAGUCAUUACCUAGUCAACCAAGCCAGCCUGCAAGGCGGCUCAGUGUGCAGGACAGGAUCAACCUUUUUGAGAAUAAGCAGAAGGAGAACUCAGGUGGCAAACCAGCAGUAGUUGGGAAAUCUGUAGAACUGAGGAGACUUUCCUCUGACGUGUCUUCUGCACCUGAAAAGGCUGUAUUGAGGAGAUGGAGUGGAGCAAGUGAUAUGAGCAUUGACUUGGGAAAUGACAAGAAGGAUUUUAACAGUGCAGAUAGCCCUAUAUGUACACCCUCUUCAUCUUCUGUAUCCCAAAGCAAAAGCGACGUGUUUCCUAGCUCAUCUGCAGAUUAUAAGGAUCAUAAGGGGCUGAAUGACACAGUGAGUUCUGUUAAAGUGGAGGCUAAGAAUGUUUCUGGGUUCAAAGAUCAGGAUGAGUUGCAGACUCCACCUGGUGGAUUUAUAGGGAAGGAUGAGGAGGUGGGGUUGAAGGGGAAAGUGAACUGGAAAGACCAAGUUGGGUCUCAGCCCCAGUUGAGAGCAUUUGCAGGUAGAGGUGAACAGGUUGGAGUAGAUCAGGGGGUUAGAGAUGAAAAGUUUAAGAGCUUCUUGGGAAGGGAUGAGAAGAUUACUGGAAUAAAAUUUCAAGGGGGUUUUGAUGGAAAGUUGAGAGAUUAUUCAGAUAGAGAGGAGACCGCUGGAGUGAACGACCAGUCUGAAUUGCAAACUGAGGUUGGAAAUUUUGUAGGCAAGUUAGGUGAGGUUGAAUCUGGGAAUAGAGUUGAGGAUGUUAAAGUAAGGGAUCAGCCACAGAGUCAUUCACGGUUCAGAGGUUCCCACAUUCAUACUAGAUCUCUUUCAGGACAGUUUGAAGGUGGGUUUGGAGGGAAAGUUAAGGAAGUAGGAUAUAAAGAGACUGAAAGUGAUCAGUCAACUUCUCAGCCUCAGUGGAAAUCAUCUGCUGGAGAAGUCGGGGAAGUGGGAAAGAAGUUUGAAGAUCUUGAAGGUCCAAGAAUGAAAAUCCAGAAACCUCAUUCUGCUGGUGCAGAACAGGUUGUGAAGCUGCAAGGUAGAAGAGAUGAGAGUGGCUCUAAUUAUGGAAGUACCAAGUUUCCUAGUAAAAAGGUUUUUGAGAGUCAAGAGAGCUUUAGCACUGUACCCAUACCAUCAAUCGAACAAGCUCAGAGGAUAAGGCAGUCUAAGGGGAAUCAGGAGCUCAAUGAUGAGCUGAAAAUGAAGGCAAAUGAACUUGAAAAGCUUUUUGCAGAGCAUAAGCUUCGGGUUCCUGGGGAUCAAUCUGGUUCAACAAGGAGAAGCAAGCAUACUGAAUUACAGGUUGAACAAGCAAUAAGUUCACAGCAUGGAAAACCAGCAGCACCGGAGAUAUUUCCUGUGCAUGUUCAGGAUAAAAAGAUGGAGGUUGAACCCAUUUUGAGUGCUGGUGAUGACACGAAGUUUAGCACUCCACCACCAAUGAAGAUGAUAGAUCAUCAGGACUAUGGCAGUUCUUUGAGACAGAAUUUCUCUGAGCUCAAAUUUUCAGAUGAUUCUAGAGGAAAAUUCUAUGAGAGAUACAUGCAGAAAAGAGAUGCAAAACUGAGGGAAGAGUGGGGCACAAAAAGAGCAGAGAAGGAAGCCAAGUUGAAGACCAUGCAAGAUAGCCUUGAGAGGAGUAGAGCAGAAAUGAAGGCCAAAUUUUCUGGGUCUGCAGAUAGACUGGAUUCGGUGUCUUAUGCUCGUCGACGCGAAGAAAAGCUCAGAACAUUCCAUUCUCGGUCAAAUAUCAAGAGAGAGCAGAAUCUUGUGGAUUCCUUUCAGAGUGAAGAGGAGGAGGAUACUUCUGAUAUUUUGGAACAGAAAUAUUAUAGACAAGAUAGAUCAUUAGGUGAUGCAGCUUUAAUGGAUAGUGCUUCCAGAAGCUCCCAAAACAGGAAGUCUUUUAACAGGAAUUUGUCUUCAUCCACUCCUCGUACAUCUAUAGCACCAGUUCCACGGUCAUCAUCCAAAAUGUCCAACCCCAGUUCUGGGAGGCGGAGAGUGCAGUCAGAAAAUCCUCUUGCUCAAUCAGUACCAAACUUCUCUGAUUUCAGAAAAGAGAACACAAAGCCCUCUUCUGGAGUCAGCAAAACAGCAAACCGCAUGCAGGUGAGAAAUUUUGCCCGCAGCAAGAGUACAACUGAAGAGAUACCUCUUGUGAAGGAAGAAAAGCCCCGACGUUCUCAGUCCGUAAGGAAAAGCUCUGCUAGUCCUGCUGAAUUCAAGGAUUUGCCAACUCUGAACUCUGAUGAUGUUGUUUUGGCACCAUUGAAGUUUGAUAAAGACCAGACUGAACAGGGCAUGUCUGAAAAAUUCUCAAAGAAUGUGGAAUCAAAGACUUUUCUCCGGAAGGGUAAUGGAAUAGGUCCUGGUGCUGGAACUAGCAUUGCCAAAUCGAAAGCUUCAGUGGCAUCUGAGGCUCUUAAAAAUGAAGAUUUUGAAGACUCUCCCUUUGAGACAGAAGAUCCAGUCAAUGUCACAAAGGAGGAAGAAGAAGAGGAGGAGGAGGAGCCUGAACUUGAAACAACAGAGGUUGAAGAUUGUGCUAACAUUGAAAAUGGAAAACCGAGGCUAAGCCAAGAAUCUGACAAAAUGUCUGAAUCUGAGAAUGGUGAUUCUCUAAGGUCUCUUUCUCAAAUUGAUCCUUCUUCAGUUGCCGAACUGCCUGCCUCGGUUCCUUCAACAUUCCAUGCUGUAGGGUCCUUGCAGGAUUCACCUGGGGAAAGCCCAGUUUCAUGGAAUUCUCGCAUGCAUAAUCCGUUUUCCUAUCCACAUGAGAUUUCAGAUAUUGAUGCUUCUGUGGACUCUCCAAUUGGGAGCCCAGCUUCCUGGAAUCCUCACUCUCUUACUCAAACUGAGGCUGAUGCUGCUCGAAUGAGGAAGAAGUGGGGAAGUGCUCAGAAACCUAUUCUUGUUGCUAAUUCAUCCCAUAAUCUGGCACGUAAGGAUGUCACAAAAGGGUUCAAACGUUUGUUAAAGUUUGGAAGGAAGAGUCGUGGGACAGAGAGUUUGGUUGACUGGAUAUCUGCAACGACUUCUGAGGGAGAUGAUGACACAGAGGAUGGACGAGAUCCUGCCAAUCGGUCAUCAGAAGACUUGAGGAAGUCAAGAAUGGGAUUCUCACAAAAUCAUCCUUCUGAUGACGGCUUCAAUGAAAGUGAGUUGUUCAAUGAUCAGGUUGCUAUUCAUAGCUCCAUACCUGCACCUCCAGAAAAUUUCAAAUUGAGGGAUGAUCAUAUGUCUGGAAGCUCUAUUAAAGCACCACGAUCAUUCUUCUCUCUUUCAUCAUUCCGAAGCAAGGGAAGUGACUCGAAGCUCAGAUAAUUACUUCAGAGAAAUGUUUAGAGCUACUGCUUGGAAUCUCAAGUGAUAGGGUGUAAAGGAUUAUAUAUAGGAUACAAAUGCUUGUGCUGAAAUAUGUUGUAUAUUGUAUUGAACAAAAUUCGCCUAUUGGCGUUCUUGUGAUUUUGGUAGUCUAGGAGCAUUCUUUUCUUUUUUUUUCCCACCUUCUCUUUAUUUGCUCUAGCAUUGUGUGAUGCAUGGUAAUCAGACUUUUGACAGAAAUAGAGUUGGUCACAGUUUUAAGCGGAGUGAUAUGAUUAUCCGGAGUACUAGCAUGCAAGCAAUGACUACUUUAUUUUAUCAUCUCCUUUACUAGCAACACACACUCUCUCUCUCUGUCCAAUGCAUGUGUAAAUUUUACUUUUUAAACCUCAGAUUUCUUUUUCUUUCUCUUUCUCCCCAUAGGAAACCUCAAUGUCUGAAAGAGUGAGAUGGUGUAAUGAGUUUUUAUACCAAGGCUCCGUUAUCGAAUGCAUAUGUACUCCAUAAAUUCUUGGAAUUGCAAGGAGACUGAACCUGUGAUCAAUUUUUAUAAUGUAAAGUGGUAUAAUUUUUAAAGCA